AAUCUAUGGUUGGGAUGUCGGUGCGUACCAUGGCUGCCUUGAUGUUUGUUUAUCAUCAUAAUCACAGAGAUCAAACGCAGUCUUAAAUGUUUACACGAAUCUAUUUUUGAGCCGAUGUGAUUAGCGAUAAAUUGCGGGAGUUUGUAAUGUAUCGCAAAGCAGUGCGCCAAGCCUUGCGACCGCCGUGCGCCGCGCGAAAAUGAAGCCUUUUAGAAUAAGAUUUUACGCUUUUACUAUCGCGCUGAUAUUUAGUGUGAUAUCACUGCGUACAACAUGUAACGCCAAAAAUACGUCUAAUUUUACAACCCGCGGGAACUCCACGCCAACACCCGAGAGUAUACAAGGUUUGUGGCUGAGGGAUAUUGCCAGGGAGUUCGCCGGUGAUUUCAACAACACCAGCAAUGAAGAACUUGGCAUUUCAUUCAAUCAGCAAUUGUUUGGGAAGUUUAAAUACACCAAUGUGUUCCAAGAUGCAGACAAGAAGGUUGCAAAAAUAGCCAGUCAGCUUGAAUCGAAGCUCAAUGAAACAUUUUCGAUACUAAAUCAAACAAGAAACAUCAUUGAGACUUACUAUGGUAUAAAUAAAGUACCAGUUCUUCCAUCAGCAAUAUCUCCAUGCAAUCAAUAUGAGUCUGAUUUUGCAGAGUAUGAAGUUACAAAUAUGUUAGUCAAUCCUAGUAAUAGUUAUGCUGAACAAUCAAUUAAUUUAAAUCAAGUGCUUCAGAAACAAGUAGCAGCUAGUAAAAUACUGAAAGGAAUAAUAAAACAACACUACUUCCUCUCACAUCAAGACAUUUUCUUGGAUAGUAACAUAGAUUUGGGUAAUGACGCUAUGCUGUGGUCUGCAUACAUGUCCCGAAUAAGUUACAAACCAAGAAAUGUUAUGUUACUGCUAGAUCAUGGUGGAUCUCUGAGUAGACAGCAGUUUUUACUUGUGAAAUCCCUCGCCAAGCAGGUGAUUUCCGUGCUGGACGAACACGACAAGAUCGGUAUUCUAGGCAUUUCACAUGACAUCUCCAAACCGUUCAUGACACAGCAAUGUGUGGCUCCUAAUUUAUCACGCAUGCAAUUGUCAGAAGAUCAAAACACGCUCACAUCACCGACCAAACACAAUAAGAAACAAUUAUUGAAGUUUGUUGAUGGUUUGGUGAAGGGUAAUGGAUCAACAAAUCAUUCUGUGGGCUUCCAGCAGGCAUUCGAAGCGAUACACGCCAGUAAUGUUGCUAAAAAUGAAACAGUUAUGCUUUUAUACAUUAGUAGAGGGUUGUUAUCUUCAUUGACUGAGGCAAAACUUGUUUUGGAGACGAUUUUGAACCAAAUGGACGAAGCUGAGCACAAUAUUAUCAUUAAUACUUGUGCUGUUAUAGAUGCUGCUAAACAAGUAAUGUACGAAACCCAUUUUCUGCGUGAUAUUGCCGAACAAAACUAUUCUAAAUACAACAUAGACUUUGAUGACAUUGUGCAUAAAGGAAUUAUGCUUCCUGUAAACUCCACAGACAGUGCAGGAUUAGCAAUCGCGCGUUUUUUCAACACUUUGCUUGUUACACCCGUUUACAGCAUGAAUUACGAUUUAUCUCUACCUAAAUGGGACGCAGAAACAAACAGUUUAAUUGUAACAGCUACAAUUCCGUGCGGAACACGCGGAGAAAUCGGUGUUCUUGGCGUGGAUUUAUAUUUUGGCAACUUAAUCGAGGACGUAACUUACUACAGCAACUACGUACAAUUCAGCUAUGCGUUUCUUACUGAUCUCGAUGGGACGGUCAUCAUGCAUCCGACGUAUCCACGACCGAUGGUUGUUCGGGAACAGCCUAAUUUCACUAAAAUUGAACGAUUGGAAUAUGGUUUAUGGCAAUUUAUGCGUGAUAAGUCUUCCGGUAGAGCUGAUAUGGAAUGGAUGCAUAUCCGGACAAAGUACUUUUACAAGUCAGUACUGGAUCAUUACAAGGUCGUGAUUGUUGUAAAAGAGUAUAAAAACGCUCCACCACCAAAGAGACCCUUUAAAGUCUCGUGGUUUGAAUCGGCGACUGCUAAUCAAUUAGUUCAUCAUCGCCUGGAUGUUAUUCCGGCUUCACGCAUGUGUAAACACUUUAAUCAACUUGCAACUUUAGAUGCUGGUUCGUUAUACCUGAGUGCUUCCUGUUUUCAAUCGCCUACGACUUUCCUCCACUCGACGUCUUCCAGUUCGUUUUCUCCGCUGUCUGUACAAAAGUGUAUGGCUUUCCUGAAAGACAACACUCGUUUUCUUUCCAAUCCAGGUCUUCGAGAUGAGAUCCGCGAUGAUGUCGCAACACUCGCACAUGUUCUGGAAUAUCUCCGCACACAACACUUACAAGGAGCUAAAGGUAGAUACAUUGUCCGCAGGUACGUCACAUCACCAACCGGUGUAAUGCAGACAUUUCCGGGUGGAGUUCUCGCGCCAGGUUUUGAACCCACGAAGAGAUCGUGGUAUUUACGUGCGGUUGAACAUAGAUUCAAAACAAUCUUAACGCCGCCAUACUUGGACGCAGGUGGCGCUGGUUACAUUGUAACGGUUGCCUAUGCUACUGAUCAUGUAGUUGUGGCGAUGGAUGUUACAUUUGGUUAUGUUUUCAAGUUGAUUCUGGAACACAUGCCAUUUUGUUCGGAGAAGAAAAUCAAGUGUUUUAUGAUGGACGACAGUGGAUACUUGAUUUACCACCCGAAUCUGAUUGAUCCGAAUGGACACGGCCCAAUUGAACAACAACACAUUAUUCAUAAAGAGCCACAGGUGGCAAAUGAUAUUUUAUAUCAUGGUCAUUUCAUUAAAAAGAAUCUGUGUAAUAAUUUCGCGGAUGCCACGAUUCAGAGAUAUUACAAACUGAAUACCAGCAUAGAUGAAGUUGUAAUCAACGCAGUUCAUGGUGAACAUAACGCUAAGUAUCAGGUAAGCCCUGUUGAAGGUACCAAUAUAUUCAUUGGGUUUGUAAAUCUUUCGGAAGAGAGCGUGACAACAUUUUGCCCCUGCAGUAUGAUAAAUCGUUUGUGUUUGAAUUGCAAUCGCAUGGAGCAGAAAGAAUGCGAAUGUCCGUGUGAGUGUCCAAUGACAUCAGAAACAUGCCAACAGGGCUACAAGAGUAAUAAUAUGUUAUGCCCAGCCAUGCCAGAGCAAACCUUCUCUAUGCCAACUGAUCUCGUUAUAAAUUUCAACCACGACGAUGAAAUAAAAGCGUGUUUGCCUAUUUUAUGCGAGAAAUUGACAAGUUACGAAGGGUGUUUGGGUGUUUUGGGUUGUGAAUGGUGUCAGGUUGAUGUAGAUGCUGAAACUUUACUCACGACGCCAUUUUGUACAUCGAUACAGACAUGUUUCAAUGGUAUUCUGGGAUCUCCUACGCCGUACGGUGAUACCUCUGAUAGAUCCUUGAAUAAUGACGAUCUUCUGGGUAAUGGAUAUUCCCCAAUAGGGCCGGUUAUAGGUUCGGUGCUCGCUGUGUGCCUGAUUCUUAUAUUUUCCUUCAUAUGUUAUCGUUCGUAUACAUCACCGACUGUAGAUCGGUUUUAUUUAACGUCUGCGCAAGAGAAUCAGGUACGCAUGAGCGACUUAAACAUCAGCGAUGAUUACCACGAGCUGGAUAAUCACCAGAAUAAGUUACUGCAGGACAGUAAGAAACCCGAACCGAUUUCUCCGUAUUGUGUCUCGACUGGAUAUAGAAGACCUCCGACGGCUGCGGAUUCUGAUCAUGGGUAUUCCACCAUGAUACCGCAUGAUGAAUCCGAGCAUUUGUCGUUUGCGCCGCAUGAGAUUGACUCCCUGGAGGAUGAAACAUCCGAUGGUGCUUCUAUUAACACUUCCGUGUCGACCAAACGACAUCAUCGCUUGAUCGAUCGCAGUAAAAGUAAAAAGUUGUCCGACAUCACAGCCUUGCCACAACACAAAAAUCGCAUCAUGGCGCCCGUCACCGUCCAUAGGAAUAUGGAGUACGCGCAGUAAUUUGAUUUAGUAUCAUAUUAAUCGUUGUUUAUUCUUAAUAUUCAUUCACACAUCUUGCAUUAUUUAUUUCCGUGCCAUAAACUACACACAAUGACUGAAGAAACAAAUUCGCACGUACUUAUUGUACAUCACAGAAACUUUUGAUACAAUUUUAACGAAUUGUACGUACUUACAGCAGUGUUCCACUAAGGCCCAUCAAGUUGUGCUUGUGAUACCUCUUAACCUUUUGUGUGACUUAAUGUAUUUUUUAUAUUCUUGUACAUUGACAAUAUUUUAUUAAAGACAACGUUGUAAUUAUAAA